AAUUUUCAUAUGGAGGUGGUAACAUUUAUAUGUGUAUGAGGAAAUGAAUAUCCUUUUAAAGGUAUUGAAACGGGGUCAGAACAGUUCGCAGUUGAAACUUAACCGUUGUUGAAUUCACAUCGGAAGCAUCUCAAACGCUGUUAGUUCGGAACCGUUAUAUCAUCGAGAUGACACCUAAAGGAAGUGAUGCGUAUUUAUAUGAUAUGUUGGAUGUGUCCGAAUCAUCCAACUUAAAGAAACAACAAAGUGAAAUUGCCAAAUUCUUUGCUUACACCAACAUUUUGGUAACAGGAGGGACAGGUUUCCUGGGUAAAUUACUUAUCGAAAAAAUAUUAAGAUCCUGUCCAGAUGUUGCGACAAUAUACAUGAUAGUAAGGCCGAAAAAGGGGAAAAAUUCACAAGAACGAUUUAAAGAAAAUUUUAAUGGAAUUGAAUUCAGUAGAUUGAGACGUGAACAGCCAAACUUUCUCAAUAAAGUGAUAAUGUUAGAAGGUGAUGCGGCACAACAAGAUUUUGGUUUAUCACCGGAAAGUAAAAAGAUUCUGAUGAAUACAAAUAUUAUUUUUCAUGCUGCCGCAACUGUUCGAUUUGACGAAAUAUUUCGUGUAGCGAUGAAUACCAACGUGAAAAGUACAAAAUAUAUGUUAUUAUCUGCAAAAGAAUUGCCAAAUUUAAAGGCGUUUGUACAUGUGUCAACGGCAUAUUCACAUUGUAUGCUUAAAUCUAUCGAUGAAAUACAUUACAAAGUUCCCACUGAUGGUGAUAAGAUAUUAACAUUGUUGGAUGUUCUGGAUGAUGAUAAACUGGAGAAAAUUACUCCAGUUAUACUUGAUAAAUGGCCCAAUACAUAUGUAUUUUCUAAAGCACUUGGAGAAAGUAUUGUAUUAAAGUACAGCAAUAAUCUCCCAGUAUGUAUUGUUCGACCUUCUAUCAUGAUAUCAACAAGCGAAGAGCCACUUUCAGGAUGGACAAAUAAUUUGUAUGGAGCAACGGGUGUAGUUAUGGGAACUAGUGUAGGUUUGAUGCAUACACUACAUUGUGUAGCAGAAAAUAUAGCAGAUAUUAUACCAGCAGAUUGUGUAGUCUCUAAUGUCAUCUGUGCUGCUUGGGAUAUUGCCAAUAGAAUAUCUUCGAUAAAAUCAAAUGAGUCCAAUUUGUCUGAUGAGGAAAGAAUACCUAUUUAUAAUUCUGUAUCAUCAUGUCAGAAUCCAAUUUCAUGGAAAGAAUUUAUGAAAUGGAAUGAAAAGUAUGGUUUUGAAGUACCUAGUGUAAAAAUUGUUUGGUAUUAUAUGUUCAUAAUGACACGAUAUUUCAUUGUGUAUCAACUGUAUAUUUUUUUUUUACACAUAGUACCAGCAACUAUUGUUGAUAUGUUGACAUACCUCAUGGGUCGAAAACCUCAAUUGUCGGAUACAUAUAAAAAAAUACAUAAAUUUAGCAACGUGAUACAUUACUUUUCAACACGUGAAUGGCAUUUUAGGAAUGAAAAUGUUGUGAAGCUUUGGGAAAAAAUGAAUUCUGUUGACCAACAAAUCUUCAAAUUCAAUGUAGCAUGUUUCACCUGGCACGACUAUUUCUAUUAUCAUGUAAGAGGUAUUCGUUUGUACAUGCUAAAUGAUCCAUUUGAAACUGUAGAUGAAGCAAUCAAGAAGUCUAUAAAGUUAUUUAUAGCACAUUACUCAUUAAUAAUGUUGGUCUCCCUAUUACUUCUAUGGACAUCUGUACGUUUCAUAACUUUUGCCUGGUCGUUUUGUCCUGUGGCAUAUUAACGAUUAGUGUAAACAACAUUUUAAUCUUGUGUUCUAAAUGAUAAAUUAUUUAAACUUAAUUUUAUUUUUCUAAUUAUACGUACACAUGUUAUUUGGAAUAUCUGUGUACUGUUGAUUAUGUGAAUCUGU